GCUUAAACCUCGCCGCGCCCGUUCCUCCAGACAACGCGCAUCACGACCAUCAUCACAUCCUCCCACCCACCCACGCCUCCCGUACCACGCUCCACGCCCGCCCGCACCUCAGCCACGUCCCCAACAAUGGGUUUCGAAUCGAAGAAAUUCCGCUCCGCCGCCGCGCAAAACACGCUGCCAGCGCGCUACCGCGCCGCUUUGCAAAAACAUCCCUUCCUGCUGUUCGGGCUCCCCUUCAUCGCCACCAUGGUCGCGGGCAGCUUCUUCUUGACCCCGGCCACUGCGCUGCGCUAUGAGCGCCAUGAUCGCAAAGUAAGGCAGUUGAAUAAGGAGGAGGAGUUGGGGAUUGGGAAGGAGAGACGGAAGGUCGAUAUGCGCGAGGAGUAUUAUAGGCUCGCCGCCAAGGAUUUGGAUGAUUGGGAGCAGAAGCGCGUGAAGCGGUUGCCGGGCGAGCAUGAUGGUGUUUUGUGAGGCGCUGGAGGUUAGGGGUGGUGCUUGUGUUGGCGUUGGGAUGGUGAGGGUUUUGCUGCUGUUGAGGGUGGGUUGCAUGG